UAAGGCUGUAGAGGAAUAAUAAGACUGUAAGAGUUGAUAGUUGAAAAAGUAUUGUAUCUGGAAAAAAAUCAUCUUUGCAAAAUAAUUUUAAAUUAUUUGGCAACUUUAGUGAAAACUUAAAAAUGGGUUUUGCUAACAGUAUUAAAUUUUUACAAAAAAUUAAAUUCGCAAGCCGAAUGUUUUCUACCCAAGUUAAGGAAAAGAAAAUUAAAAUAUCAUCAGAUAUUUCCGUGAAUAUUGUUGAAUCGGGGCAAGGUAAAAAAAGUAUAUUAUGUAUGCCAGGAGCACUAGGAUCUGCCUGGACUGAUUUUAAACCUCAAAUAGAGUUAUUGCCAAAACUGUUACCAGACUAUAAAAUUAUAGCUUGGGAUCCACCAGGUUACGGUAAAUCUAUACCGCCUCAAAAACAAUUUGGCUUGGAUUUUUUUAAUAAAGAUGCUGAAUAUGCUCAUCAAUUAAUGUUAGAAUUAGGAUCACCCAAUUAUUCAAUAUUAGGUUGGAGUGAUGGUGGUAUCACUGCUAUAAUUUUAGCUGGAACAAAUACAAAAGCUGUGGAAAAAUUAGUUAUUUGGGGUGCUAAUGCUUUUAUAAACGAGGAAGAUGUAAAACUUUAUGAAGCAAUUCGAGAUGUGAAAAAAUGGUCACCUCGAAUGAGAGAACCAAUGGAAAAAAUCUAUGGUGUUGAUGGUUUUCCAAAAUUAUGGUCUGAUUGGGUUGAUAUUAUGACGUUAAUCUAUAAGGAAAAGAAGGGAAAUAUUUGUAUGGAAGAGGUAGAAAAAAUUUCUUGUCCAACUUUAAUUGUUCAUGGUAAAAAAGAUCCAAUGAUUUCUCCUGAGCAUGUUCCGUAUUUAAAAGAGAAAAUAACUAACUGCAGUUAUUACGAGUUCCCAGAAGGAAAACAUAAUAUACAUUUACGUUAUGCUGAGCAAUUCAACAAAUUAGUAUCAGAAUUUAUAAAAAGAUAAUCGCUGUUAUAUGCUAUGUUUUUUAUAUUUUUCAGAAAAUUUUUCUAAGUAAUAAAGAUCUAGAUUUUUUAAUUUUA